AUGCCUUGCCUGGUCCCUGCAGAAGCUGGAGCUGCAGAUUUCGGAGCUGCCGCUUCGUACACCGUGGGUUCGAUCCUCCUCGAUACCGAGGAGCUGAAGCUGGCGCUGACUCAGGAGUGUCGAGUCUGGAAACGAGCCUUCGGGGCCGCCUUGAACCGCCGGGCAUCCGCCGACAUGAACCACGUCUUCUCCUUCGUCGACGGGAUGACGAAGCGUCUGCAGCGGCCAAUCACAGACCUGGAGGAUGUCAGAGGGGCCAUGGCGGCGCUCAGAGAGACUCUGGACUUUGUAAAGAGUCUGUCCUUCUACUUUCACCGUUCGGGAGGUGGGGAUUGGUAUCGACGCCACCAUCGGUCCAGUGGACGAAUCUUUCGCUCUACUCAACAAACACGAGCUGUUCUUAACGACGGGAACGCGGAGCUAGUCGACGGUCUGACUUACGCCUGGAAAAACCUGGACGCUCUGGUGGUGCAGAACCAGAACACUCUGCUGAAGAUCCAGCCCAGCAUGAAGGCCGACCUGCUGUCAUCGGUGCAGAGCUUCCAGAGCAACGUUCAGACAUUCUGCAGCGAAUACAACGACCGGGGCCCCGGCGUUGAGGGUUUGGAUCCGGCCGACGCCAGUGAGCGGCUGCAAGUUUUUCAGACCGAGUUCGAUCAGCUGUGGAGGAAAUACAUCACGUAUUCUGGAGGAGAGGAGCUGUUCGGUCUGGUCGUUAACGAGUACCCGGAUCUGCAGAGGAUCAAGAGGGAGCUGUCUCUGCUGGCAAAGCUCUACAGUUUGUACAACGCCGUCAUCGACAACGUCAGCGGUUACUACGACAUCCUGUGGGCCGACCUGAACAUCGAGAAGGUCAACACCGAGCUCCAGGACUUCCAGAACAGGGGCGCCAUUGCAACGUGA